UGUUUGAGAAUUUUUUGGACACACUAAAAUAAAAUCAUAAAUUAAUACAAGCUUGCACGUCAGACCUGUAACAUUGUUAGAUUUUAAAAGAAAAACUCGAAACAUUUUCUUGAUCAAAUAUGGAACAAUUGCGUUCACGUACCAAUCAAUCUAAACUUAAGUGCGCCGCCGCUCCUCCACCAGCCGUGAAAACAGAUAAGACUGAAGCGAGCGAUGCUGAGAAAAAAGUUAUUGCUGAUUUAAAGCAGCUGUAUAUGGAGACCAUCAAUUUGGAUGUUAAGAUGCAGCGCGAUAUCUACAAUAUGGAGAAGUCUUACGAGCUAAAGCAUAACGAGAUCUUUGAUAAGCGAAAGAAGAUACUUGAUGAAUUCAAAAAGCAGAAUCAUGGUGACACCAAUACCACUGAGAAUGUAACCAACUUUUGGUUAAAGGUGCUCAAAGCGUCCUACACUGAGUUCAUUGGCAAAGAAGAUGAAAAAAUACUAUCUCAUCUAACUGACAUACGCACCAAACACUUUAAUACUGAUGUCGUCAAGUUUGUAAUUGAGUUCCAAUUUGAGAAAAAUGAUUAUUUCAAAAACACUGCUCUCACCAAAACAUAUAUAUUGAACUGUGUGCCUGAUCCGGAAGAUCCCUUGUCCUACGACGGCGCUGAAAUAGUAAAAUGCGAAGGAUGUACAAUUGACUGGAAGCGUCCACAGGAACGCGAGAAGAACGAGCAACCAUCAUUUUUUGAUUUCUUUACACCACCAACUCUACCCGAUGAUCCCGAGGAUGCAAACUUUUGUGAUAUUAAUGCUAUACUACAAAAUGAUUUCGAGUUGGGCUUUUAUCUGAAGGAGCGUGUUAUACCCAAGGCGGUUAUAUUCUUUACGGGCGAAAUAGCCGAUUGCCAGAGCAGCGAGGGCUCCGAUUCGGAGUCCGAUACUGAUGAAGAUUCAGAUGCCGAAGAGGAGGAGGAAGAGGAAUCGUCCAAUAAUGAAAAUAACACUCAAGUAAUAAUAUAGUCUAGCAUUAAGAUAACUGAACAAUUGUUUGUGCUACCAAAUAAACAUUUCACACUUUGUCAAUUCGAAAAAAA